UUUGCCUUGACAGUGAAACCAAAGGAAUGAAAUAUAAAUUCCUCCAACAGGAAUGAAGCCAAUCCAGUGUGAAGAAGCACAGAAAGCGAAAGUUUGCCUGGAGGCACGAGAGGGGCGGGGCCUUGCAUGAGGGGAGGCGGGAGCUCAGGAAAAAAAGAAGGCGUGGCCUUGAGAGUGUAAAUAUUUUCCAGCCCUGGUGGAACCUGUUUGUCUGCUUCACACACACAUACACACACACACACACACAGAGAGAGAGAGAGAGAAAUUAGACACACAAAGAACAGUGGACAGAACACAAACACACAUUCACCCGCCAGAAAAACGGAGACUGCAAAACUGGAUGUAUUUUUAGAUGGAGACAGCGCACCGAAAUGGAUCUGCUGUGUGUGUGAUUCUGUGUCGAGUGUGUCAGUGUUUAUAAAUGAGGGGUGUGUGUGUUUCUGAGGACUUUCAUGGGUAGAAGCGCUCUGGAUAUGGGGGGAUGUCAGAGUUACAACAGCUCUGAUGAAGAGGAUAUCAGCGCUCUCAAAGCAAACUACAACAACAUCAGCCUGUUCAAAGUGAAGAAUAACAGUCUACAUAUAGUGCCUUCAGCGGAGGUCAAACCCUACCUGAAAGAUCAUUUCUUGUCCAAAAACAUCACUGACAUCGACCUCCUGACCCUCUCAGCCCUACCACAUGGCGUCGACCAGCAGGAGUGGAUCGCAACAAACACUGUGUCGUUUUUCCAGCACACUACACUCUUCUUCAGUGCUCUGUCUGAAUAUUGUUCAACGACAGUGUGUCCAGCAGCCAAAAGCCCAGCAAACACUUUGUAUGAAUGGACGGAUGAACAUGGGAAGAAAAUGAAAUGUUCAGCUCCUGUCUACAUCGACUACGCCUUGUCUUACAUCCAGGAGUUACUCACAGAUGAGCGCGUGUUCCCCACCAAAGUUGGUUCAUCAUUUCCUCCAGGGUUCAUGUUCCUGGUUCAGAAGGUGUUUGUGAUGCUCUUUCGGACACUGGCUCACCUGUUCAGCGUCCACUACCAGGACGCCAUCGCAGUAGAGCUCCAUCCGCACCUCAACACACUCUUCACACACUUCAUCACCUUCAGCCACAUGUUCAGACUGCUGGAGCCCUCGGAGACGGCGCCGAUUGAUGACCUCAUCGCCAUACUCACACACUGACCGAAGCACACACAAACACACAGACAGUGAGCAUGAGCUCUUCGCAAUUCAUAAACUGUAAAUCUUACUGAAAAAAAGCGGUAAAAAGGAAGGGAAGAGCAAAAAACUGCAGGGAUUAGAUUUCUUUUUGAUGUUUUGACUCAAUUUAACUAGAAUGUGUCAAUCAUCUGCAGGCUGAGCUCUGAUUGGACAGUGCAUCUGGCUCCACCUCCUGUGUAAAAGAUAUUUCAGUGCCAACUGUGAACGUGGGUGAUUUUCUUUUGGCUAGUGGCCCCGCAAAGUCUUUCAACGAGAUGCAAUUCUUGGGAGUCCACACUGCAAGCUUUCAACUCAGCUUUGCAAAUUAAGGCCACGUUCCCUUUUGAUGUGUUUGUUGGACAGAAUGAAGAAGAAGAAGAUUAGAUCCAAAAUCCUCUUAGUGCCAUCUGAAAUUUUUUCUAAAAUGUGCAUUUCCUUCUUCUCAGGUUGCUAUGUAUAGGUUCAGUCAUUUAACUUUUAUGUCAAAGAACAGGUUAUUUUCAUUGCCUUUAAUAUGAAAAAUCUGCACAUAGACAUAGGACGCUGAGAAAAUGGAAGACAUUUAUUAUUAUUAUUAUUAUUAUUUAUAUUAUUUUAGUAUGCAUGGGCCAGUAUAAGAUUCUAACAGUAUGAAAACCUUGUAGAAUAAUAUAACGGUUUCAUGGUAUUGUGAUUAUUGCUCUAAAAUAUAUUAAUUUUAAAUGUCUGGAGAAAAAAUAAUAACUUUUUUCCACUUUAAACACAAUGGCUGAGUCCGAAACUGUAUACUUCCAUACUAUAUAAUAUGCUAUAAACAGUAGAGCUGAGUAGUAUGUCCGAAUUCAUAGUAUGACUUCCAAUGAGUAUCUGAAGAGCGCAUCCAAUGGACACUACGUUAUCCCAAGAUGCAAGAUAAUUCAUGAAUGAGAGUGAAUCGCGUGUUUCACGUGUAGGCAUGGGCCGGUAUAAGAUUCUGACGGUAUGAUAACCUUAGAUAAAAAUAUCACGGU